AUGAGCCAGGACCUGCUCCCGACCUCGACCCUUUUCACUCUUGUCGUCCUUUGCCCACUGCUGGUCAUCUGCGGCCGCUAUCUGAAAAACAAGAAAUCCCAGAAGUAUGGCGAAACCGCCCGUCUUGACCUCAUCGCCGGCAUUCUUUCCGCUUCUCUAACGAUGGGAAUGAACGGAAUCGCCACCAAUCUAAUCAAGAACAAAUACGGCCGCCCUCGUCCCGACUUCUUUUUCCGCUGCUUUCCCGAUGGGAAUCCACCUGCUGGCCAGCCCAAUCCGUACAAUUUGGAAUGCACGGGCAAUUACGAGGACAUCAUCGAGGGACGCAAGUCCUUUCCGUCUGGCCAUUCAAGCUUUUUGUUCUCUUUCUGCGUUUGGAUCUCGCUCUAUCUUGCCGGCAAACUUAGAGUUGGCAAUUCCAUUUCCGAAAGUGGCCGCCUUCCAAAGACGGAAAAUCUAAUAAUCUGCCUGACGCUUCCAUUGUUGGCGAUUCUGAACGCGAUCGGGCGAACUUGCGAUUACAAGCAUCAUUGGCAAGAUGUCACAGUUGGCUCCUGUCUCGGCACAGUAAUGGCCUACAUUGGCUACCGCCAGUUUUACCCGUCGCUCAAGGAUCGAAGAUCUGCAGUAUCUUAUGAACGGAUAGCGAUUAUGCCCACCCGAAAGACGGGAGACCCGGUGGUGGUUUAUGUCGAGAGAGACGAUGGUCGCAAAGGCGAGUACCGAAACGGGUCGGUCAUCAAGCUCGUUCGCGGCUACGGCUACGAAGUCAUGACCGUCGACGAUAAUGGUGAACAGAAGCAAGGGACCUUCACUUUUGCCCAUGUGAAAGCGAUUGGUUCCCGAAAUCGAUCCCGCUCACGUGGACGAAAGAGCACAGUCAACGUCCAAACAGUCAAACCGGUCAAGCGAGAGGAGUCCCCUUCCCCAGAACGUGAGGAGAAACCCACCGUUCGAAAGUCACGUGCCCGCGCCACCUCAAAGAAGCAAACACCAUCUGCUGACAUGAAUCCGGUUGAUUAUGCCUGGGCGAAUGUGGCCGGAGAAGCUGAAGGACGAGCUCGUAUCCGUCGAUCGCGAAGCCGAUCUCGAGGUCGAAGACGAGACGAUGUUCCCAUCGAAGUAGAACUCCUUCAGGACAGCUACAGACGAAAGUCGACUAGGAUCGCGAAGAAAAAAGAAGCAGAAGCACCAGUUAAAGCCGAACCGGUCCCAGUCGAACAGUUCUCAGCAGACGAAGACGAUCAGGAACAGUCGACUGCUCCUGCCACACAAUCUUGCCCAUGGUUCGAGAAGUAUGCCAACCCCUUUUGCAAGUUUAUUGGAACGCUUCUUACGAUUUACGUCGCCCCAGCUCUUUUCGUGUGGACAUUUUAUUGCUUCUACGCCUUUAAAACGUUCAAUGUCCAAGAGCAGAGCACCCAAAUGGCAGGCGCCCUCCUCAUUGCUGUCGGCUCUGUCUUGCACUUGAAGCCACGAUUUAAAAAUCAGCAAUUUUUCCUCGCCACCAUUAUCGCCAUUGUCUCUGCCGCUGUCUUUGCCCUGCCAGCUAACUUCGUGAACGAAAACUCCAGCGCCAUUGGCGAAACUGCCCUCCUCUUUAUUUCAGCCUACAGCCUUGUGGGAAACUCUGCCAAUUCGGACUUCAAACUCUCGUUCUCUUGGCUCCACAACUACCUCCAGUCAUUCAUGUUCGACAACUCUAAGAUCUGCGCGCGAGGAUUUGCUCGUGCUGGAGAAAUAAUCACUUUGAUCCUGAUCAUGCCCUCCCUCGCCGCCUGGAACACCGACAAUCUGGCCCUCUUUGCAGCUGCGCUUCUGAAUGUGCUCCUGACCAGCUAUAAAGUUAUGACUGAAGCUGAUUACUCCACCAAAAUCCAAGGCAAUGGCUUCAUGUGGGCAUUUUACCACGUGAUCUAUCUACCUUUCCUGGCCACCAUCCCCAUCCUUUCUAACCUCUCCAACACAGUGGUCGUUAUCGAUCCUGCGACAGCCGUCGUUGCCGCCGCUUUUGCGCUCCUCUCUGGCAAGCUCGCGACGGAAGGCAACUUCAUUCAAUCCAAUAUCUCCUCCCUCAUUGCUACGGUCACAUUAGCUUACACCACUAUCAGCUGCCCAUUCUUUUUGUUAGUUCCCUUUUUAAACGUCGUCUUCAGCUGGCACUAG